GCGGCGCGGACCGGGAUCGCGCACCCGGGACCGGAAGCGGCGCGCGUAUUUCUUUUUUUCGACGCGGAGCGGAGAUUGAGAGAGAGAGAAAUAUCAAAACUUUUUUUUUUUUAAAAAAUUCACAGGUAAUAAAUAAAUAAAUAAGGAAAAAAUAAGUUUAAUUUUAUCAAGGGAGUCGUUUAAUUGGUAUGUGUUCGCCGUUUACGUUUCAGUUUCGUCCGUGUCAUCCAAUCACCUAUCUCUCCCUCUCUUCAUCUGGGUCUCCUUGCUGCAGUACCCCCCCCCUCCCCCCCCUCGCUCGCUCGCUGGCUGGCUUGUCUGUCUGUGUCUGUGAGCCAUGGCAGAUAUCAGCGACCUGGACAGACAGAUUGAGCAGCUACGCAAGUGUGAACUGAUCAAGGAGAACGAAGUGAAAGCCCUCUGUGCCAAAGCCAGAGAGAUUCUCAUUGAAGAAAGCAACGUUCAGAGGAUUGAUUCUCCGGUAACAGUAUGUGGUGAUAUUCAUGGGCAGUUUUAUGACCUCAAAGAACUUUUCAGAGUAGGGGGCGAUGUUCCAGAAACGAAUUACCUCUUCAUGGGCGACUUUGUGGACCGAGGGUUCUACAGCGUCGAGACGUUCCUGCUCCUCCUCGCGCUUAAGGUGCGCUAUCCAGACAGAAUCACCCUGAUCCGAGGGAACCACGAGUCCCGGCAGAUCACGCAGGUGUACGGAUUCUACGAUGAGUGCCUGAGGAAGUACGGCUCUGUGACUGUGUGGAGAUACUGCACCGAGAUCUUCGACUACCUGAGCCUCUCCGCUAUCAUCGACGGCAGGAUAUUCUGCGUGCAUGGAGGCCUCUCCCCCUCCAUUCAGACUCUGGACCAGAUCAGAACGAUAGACAGGAAACAGGAAGUGCCGCACGACGGGCCCAUGUGUGAUCUGCUGUGGUCCGACCCAGAAGACACCACAGGCUGGGGGGUGAGUCCGCGGGGGGCCGGCUAUCUCUUCGGCAGCGAUGUCGUCGCUCAGUUCAACGCAGCCAACGACAUCGACAUGAUCUGCAGAGCCCACCAGCUGGUGAUGGAGGGUUACAAGUGGCACUUCAACGAGACGGUGCUGACCGUGUGGUCCGCCCCUAACUACUGCUACCGGUGUGGUAACGUGGCUGCGAUCCUGGAGCUGGACGAGCACCUGCAGAAGGAGUUCAUCAUCUUUGAGGCGGCGCCACAGGAGACCAGGGGCAUCCCCUCCAAGAAACCUGUCGCUGACUACUUCCUGUGACCGACCCCCCCUGACCCCCAGCCUGCCUGCACACUUCCUGUGACAGAAGGAAUCAACUUCCUCCUCUCUCUCUCUCUCUCUCUCUCUCUCUCUCUCUCUCUCGUUCCAAUCUGACCAAUGUCUUGUGCCGAGGAGAGGCUGUCAGUACUCUGUUUUCAUUCGAUUUAUUUCCACGUUCUGGUGCUUGAUUGAAAAAAAAGAGGCUUUGUUUUUUUGGUUUUUUUUCUAAAUAAUAAAUGAAUUACUUGCUGUA